AAAGUACAACUAUCAGGCUUCAAGUUUCCAACAACGUACCUCGCUACGACUGGCGUGCGGAUACCUUAUCGGCUCUUCCCGGUUCACACGCACAGAUAACUCUUCAAAGUUAUGGAAGUGGGCAACGAAAUGGAGGAGUUGGAAAGAAUUCAAACACAAAUCCUGAAAAGAGUAGCAGACGUUGAAUUUCAACUAUCUUCUUCUCUUUCUCUCUAUUCCUCUGACCACAACGACGCCGACGCUUCCAAUGACGCUACGGUCGAACGUCUCUCCUCAAUCCUGCGUUCCAAUGGUGUCAAGGAUUUCACUUUCAAGGUUGUUCCCUCCGAUUAUUAUGAUCGUCCUCUUGAAUUCAGAAGAGACAUUCUUUCUGCACCUUCCAUUCAUCAUCUUUGCAAAAGUAUUGUUUUGGUGAAUACUCAAGCCCAGUCUCAUGUUGUUGAUUGUAGCAACCGCUACAAUUCAAAGUAUUAUGUUGUUGUUGUACAGUAUACUGCAAGAUUCAAUGCCGAAAUGGUCAAGAACUACCUAUAUACACUCAAUGAGGGCAAAGUGCCAAAAAAGAAAUUCAACCUGAGGCUUGCUCCAGAGGAGAUUUCAAACAGCUUAACUGGCUUUGAGCAUAAUGGUGUUACAUGCAUUGGCAUGAAGACUGACAUACCGGUUAUAUUGGACGAAGCAAUUGUAAAGCUUUCCCCAGAGUACUUCUGGUUGGGGGGUGGAGAAGUGUACUUAAAAUUGGGGAUACAGACAUCCGAAUUUAUCAAAUUUGUGAAGCCCUUCAUUUUCAGUUGCAGCUCUACUUGAUUCUUCAGGAUCUAACCAAUAUCCAUUCAUUUUCUCGUCUUAUUAUUUCAUGAUCUAAUACUCAAUUUAUUGUUUCUUCAUUGGAGAUACUUGUCGUCGUUUGAACGGUAAAACCCUUCAACUCGUAUACACUCUACAGGAAAAAGCAUUCAUGAAGUAAUCACCUCCUUGAGUAUACCAACAUUUCUAUUUUAGUUCAUCUAUUUUACUGUGUAAUAUUUUCAUUUUGGGAAAUAUUUCUAUCAUUUUCUCUAAUUUUUAUUCGUACAUUUUCUUUUACUUUCGUACAGUGUUAACGUUCCUAAUUUUUUUAAAAAAAAUUUGUGCAAUUAUAUUAUGUAGC